AGCGCACUGUUUGGAUUUAAUGUUGGAAGAUAUUUUCAAGUUGCCUAAUAUGAAGAAGACAUUUGAGAGAGCUGUUAUAGUGAAUAGCUAUAUCUAUACUCGUUCGGGUCUAGUAAACAUGCUUAGAAGGUUUACUGACAAGAAAGAGUUGUUGAGGCCUGCAAAAACACGGUUUGCAACUGCCUUUAUCACUUUGGGCAGGAUGCAUAGUCUGAAAAGCAACCUUAGAAGGAUGUUUACCUCCGAGGAGUGGAUGACAAGCAAGUGGGUAAAAGAAGCGGGGGCUAAAAAGGUUGUAGAAGUGAUUUUGAUGCCUUCAUUUUGGAACAAUGUUGUAUUUGCUUUAAAGGUGGCUGGUCCAUUGGUGCGUGUAUUGCGCUUAGUGGAUGGUGAGAAGAAGCCUGCUAUGGGAUACAUAUAUGAGGCCAUGGAUAGGGCCAAAGAAGCGAUUGCUAACUCUUUUAAUGGGGAUGAAAAGAAGUAUGCACCCAUUUUUCAGAUUAUUGAUAAUCGAUGGGAUGUUCAGCUUCAUCGCCCCUUGCACGCAGCUGGUUGGUACUUGAACCCAGAAUAUUUCUACAAGGCUGAACAUAUAGAUCCAGAAAUCAUGAAUGGCUUAUAUGAAUGCAUUAGAAAGUUAAAUCCAAAUAUAAAGGUUCAAGACCAAAUUGAUGUUGAGCUUUCGAUGUAUAACAAUGCAGAUGGGUUCUUUGGAAACUAUAUGGCUAUUAGAAAGAGAGCUGAGAAAUCACCAGCUGAAUGGUGGGCUUCAUAUGGAAUGUCAACACCCACGUUGCAAAAAUUUGCAAUUAAAAUUCUUAGCUUGACUUGUAGUUCAUCUGAGUGUGAACGUAAUUGGAGUGUGUUUGAAAAUCUUCAUACUAAACGGAGAAACAGGCUUGAUCAACUUCGUUUAAACGACUUGGUGUUUGUGAAAUACAAUAGAGCAUUGAGGCGUCGAUAUCAAAUGCGUGAUACCAUUGACCCUAUCAUAUUGACCGACAUUGAUGAAAGCAAUGAAUGGUUGACUGGAAAACUUGAUGAGGAGAAUGAUAAAGAUGAUGAAACUGUUUUUCUAGAUGACAUUGGGGAUGGGUUGACAUGGAGUAAUGUUGCUGCGGCUGCAGGAGUUGGAGAGCCUAGUUAUCAAUUUAGAACUAAACAAACUCGAUCACAAUUGGGAUCAACUUCGGCUUCGACUUCAAAGCGGCGAGUAACUCAAGAGAUUGAAGAGGAGGAAAGUGAGGCAGGGACCGAAGAUGAUGAAGACUUGGAAGAGGGAGAAGAAUUGAGAGAUGAAGAAGAAGAUGAAGGGGUGAUUGAAGGGGAUGAUGAAGAUAUUGACCUUGAUAUUGAUGAUCUCCUUGAUGAUGAUUGAUUAAAAAACUUUUUUAUAUUGAUUGUGGACUUGUAAUGUUUAUGUGUUUGUUUAGAACUUUGCAUUAUAAUUGGUACUUGGUAAAGUUUAAGACUUUAAGUUUGAACUUUGAUGAUGUUUCUAGUUUAGAAUUUGCAUGAUGAAUGAAUUAACUUUGAUGUUGUUAGUUUAUAGAAUUUGAAGAUAAUGAAUCAUGAAUGAUAUGAAUGUGUUAUUAUUGAUAAUUUGAUAGUUGUUUAUGAUUUUACAAGAUUUUGAGUUUUUUUCCUAAAAGGUGCGCCUUGCUUCGCAAAGGCG